UAAUUCUUUUCCCGCUUCGGUUAUAAGGAUUGACUUUUGGUCGCAAUUGUUUUUUUAAUUGUUUUCUUCUUAAUUUAAUUGUUUGGUUGUUCAAUUCUAAUUAUGGCCAGUUUGAGAGAGAUUAUCAUCUAUCAACAUUUCAAAGCACUCGCUUCAAAGGAUGAGGAAGUUGACAGAGUUUUUCGAAUGCUGUUAAUGGGAUACUUCCACCCGACGAUUAAUAAUCUGAUGAAAAUAUUCAAUCAAGGACAAGAGAUUCCUAAUAUAAAUUUACGGCAAUUAAGUCAACAGAUUGAUGAAUCUAUUGGAAGUGAAGUUGCUGAAUAUUAUAAAUAUCUAACUGGUAAACGUAACAAUCCAACUUGUGAUGAGUUAAUGGUUGAGGUGGAAAAAUUUAAACUCGAUUGUCAAAAUCUUGCCUCUAUUGAUAGAGAGAUCGCCAAUGUUUCGGAAAAUAUUUUAAAGGAAGCCAAUAAAUUUUAUGAAUAUGUUGAAAAACACACCAAAGAAUUUAAAUUGGGAUUCAAAUUGAAUUAUGAUCAUGCAACUGGUAAUUUACUUUGUGCCAAGGCUCAAGCAACUUGUUUGAAGAAAAGACUGGAAGAGACUGAAGAAGCUGUUCAUAAAUAUGGAAAAAAAGAAAUAGUUGAACGUCUGAAAGGUAAACGAAAUGAUUUAGAAACUGAGAAUCAAAGUUUAACUAGUGAACUUGAAGAGAAGAAGAAAAAAUUGGAAAAAUAUGAAAAACUUGAUCCAAAAUUGAUUGAAGAAUAUACUAAACUUAAAGAUGAAUUAAGUUGCCGAUUAUGGGCUUACAGGAUGGUUGAUCGAAGUUCAAAUUGUUCUCAAGGAUCAAUUGGAGAUUUAUCAUGUUAAACAAUUAUUAUUUCCAUUGGAGAUACGAACGAUGUGAAAUAGUAAUUUCUUCUUUCACCGUGAGAGAAAAUAAAUCACCUUAAUGAUCAGAUGAA